AUGACCGAGGAGGAGCUCGAAGGAGAGUUUGAAGAUCAGUACCGCGAGCUGGAGCCUGAAGACCAGUACCGCAAGCAAGAACCCUCGACCGACUUUGAGGACGCAAGGAUCCCGUCCAUGAGUUUCACAGACGAUCAUACCACACAUUACAGCGCCUAUCCCAUGGAUACUGUACAGAUCUUCUCAGUGAAGCUUGCUGCAACAAGAGGGAGCUUACAACUGCCGCUUGAUGUGUUUGGCACGGUUGAGGUGCGCGACCACAUUGACCACAAUCGCAAUAUUAUCUUCCAGCGCACAAGGAACGACUGUCAAACCCUUACUGAAGAGGAUCCAUAUUUGCUACUGGCUGGUCCUACCCGUGCUGUCAUGUUCAUGGUAUCGAGUCCUGCGGCCGUCGAGAUUGACCUUAAAGUAAGGGGCGCUCCUGAGUCCGAGGAUGAAGACUUGAGCUUUCUAGUUGCGCCAGUGACAUGCUUUUCGACGAUGUAUUCAUGCCUGCUUAACUGUGCUUGCACUAGCAAACUUAGCACACUGGAGUUUACACUUGGCCACAUUAUUAGCUCUGUGGAGGCUACAAUAUUUGUGCGAGUCAUUCAUGGGUCAUGGCCAGAUGGUUUGCAUGGUGUAUUUGCUGCCUUCACUACCGGUAUCUACGAUGAUAGAAUCGUGCUGCUUGAUUCUAGAGGUGAGAGAUUGCCUAUUACUGGUGAUGGCAAUAUCAAGCUUUCACGGCGUGUUGUUUCUGUUGAAACUAGUGGAAAGCUGGUAGUCCGUGUCAAGGCAUUGGAAGGUGAUAAACAAGUGGAAAAAGAGACCAGCUUCGACCCUUUGGAAGCCAGUAGCAGCAUCAGUGACCUUGAAUUUAGCUUCUGUAAAAUGGAAGUCACUGUUUUUUGGUUGCUUAUCUCAUAUUAUCCUGAGCUUUGA